AAAUCAGAAACUAACCAUACUUUAUAUUAUCUACAUGUGUUUCGAAAAGCUACAUAUGACCGAUUUGAAGACAGGCAUUAUCAAGCAGGUCACGAUUGGUAUCUCCAAUUACCAAAGGAACUAGCCAGUUGACACAAACGCUUGACUACAAGCCAGUGGCACCAACAGCUAAACAUGUUACGGAUUGCACUAUUACUAUUAAGUACAAGUCUGAUACCAGUUCUUGCUACAGAAAAAUGUCUGUGCACCGAAUCGGAUACGCUUCUACGGACAUUGCCUAGUCCGACAGCUCCAGUGGCUGGAAAACUCAGAGAAGGCCAAUGUGUGAAACUCUCUCAGUUCAAACGUAUUGGUCAGUGGUUACAGGUCAAAGGUGACGAUGUACAGUCAGGAUACCUGUUCGAAUCUGAUGCCUUAAAGCCGAAACCAUGCACAGAUGGUAUAUUGAAGAGAGAUGAUGAAUCAAAUAACUGUCAGUCCCAUUGUCAAUACUGCUGUGAUCGAGAGAGAGCUACCCAUCACCACAUUGGUUGCUCGUCGUGUGGCGAUCAUUGCUGCAAUUCAAAUGGUCCUGUAUGGUCUUACUGGAGUCAUUGCAGUGGAUCCUGUGGGGAAGGGACACACCAUCGAACCUGUACACAUCACUGCUCCUCGCUUUCUUCUCAAACACAAACAGAAACUUGCCAUCACCUUGUGUCAUGUCCUGUCUGGAGUGAUUAUGGUGAGUGUUCCGUUUCCUGUGGGGUUGGAACUCAAUCAAGACAUUGUAUCCAUCACUGUUAUGGACAACAAUCGCAUCAGACGCAGCAAUGUCACAAGCCAGUUUGUGUACAAGCUGCUGUGGAUGGACAUUGGUCAUCUUGGUCGAAUUUUGGCACAUGUACGACCACAUGUGGUUCUGGUAAACAGAUCCGUACACGCACUUGUUCGAAUCCAGCCCCAGCUAACGGCGGACGUGCUUGCGAUCCAGAUGACAAUGGUGAUAGAGAAACAAACAUCCAGUGGUGUUCAAAACAGGAAUGUCUAAAUGAUCUUCAAGGAUCUGCUCAUAUCUGCAACAAACUCUCUACCGUCCAAGCUCUAGCUGAAAUGAACACCACAAAUCCAUCCAAAUGUCCUGACGUAUGGUCAUCCGGAAGUGACCGUUUCUUACAAGACCACUGCAAUGGCAUAAUAGGCACAGGACAAUGGAAGAAAGGAAUAUCGGUUGGAUUUGACAUGAAAGGGAGUAAGACUAUCCAGCCAUAUACGCCUAUUGCAACAUUCUGGAACAAUGUCUACCAACAAGACGAUACCCACGAAGGCUUUAGUGGCAUAUUCAUCGCAUAUACUAGUACGGGAUUCAAGAUGGCGACUAAAGCUUGCAACGGGGUAGCGGAAGUGAUGGACAUACCAGGAAAUACAACGAUAUCCACCAAUGCCAAUUUCCCGAAUGAUCCGUUCAAUUAUUUCACCGUAAGGUGGUGAUCAAUACGCAAAUUGAAAUAAAUUUGGUGUUGACAAAU